UUGCUACUGCGGGCACUUGGUUCUUUUCAAGAUGGCGGCAAAAUUAAGUGUUGAGGAUUAGAUUGAAUGAAAAAAUUCUUUUUUUGCGGUUUUCAUUUAUAAAAUUAACAUUAUUUAACGGUAGGGGUUAAAGGAUAUCGGUACCGAAAUGUGCGGUAUAUUUUUCUGUGUAUUUAAGGAUGGACCAUGCUGUAAGAACAGAAUUGAGCAUUUAGUGCAUACUAUUGAACCACUUAUAAGAAGGAGAGGACCGGAUGACUUUAGUACUAAGGAGAAGAUACUUUCUGAUCAUGAGUCUGGUCAGAUGUAUGAGCUCAUUCUUAAGGGAGCAGUGCUUCACCUUCGAGGAUCACUCACUUCACAACCUCUUGAAGAUGAUGAUGGGAAUGUGUUGAUUUGGAAUGGUGAAGUGUUUGAUGGUAUCCAUAUCCCUGCAGAUAGCAAUGACACCUCAUUAUUGGCACAUCUUCUUGGCAACCAGUUUAACUCCCCCAGCCAUGUUCUGAAAGUAAUGUCUCACAUCCAAGGACCUUGGUCAUUUGUUUAUUAUCAACCAAUGGAGGGCAAGAUCUGGUUUGGACGAGAUUACUUUGGAAGGAGGAGUCUUGUGUGGCAUCUUCCAAGAGAUGAUGAUGAUGUUAUAGCUGUGUCAUCUGUAGCACAGAGAAAUGACGAGGAUAAAAACAUGAGCAUGACUUGGGAAGAAAUUCCUGCUGAUGGUAUUUAUUGUCUUGAAACAAAACUACACGACACAACUCAAAAACAGCAUGUAGAAGCAUUCAAUUUUAACACUUUUAAACUCAAAAAGUAUCCUUGGACUUUGACCCCCAUGAACCUUGAUUCACAUGAUGAUUUCUUUACUAUGAAGGCACCUGUGAAGCCUUUUAACAAGGACCUUCCAACAGAAUCUGACCUGGAAUGUUUAGGUAAUGAAUAUACAAAUGAAAGAGAGCGGAAUGGAGUAAGAAAAAACUUAGAAUUUGCCCUGCACUUGGCCGAUCAACAAGACACUAACAACACUGCAAGAAGCUUAGAAAGAGAAGCUCUGUUGGUCCAUGAUGAAAGGAAUACUGGCGGUGAUAAACAAAAUAUACGAAGCUCGUCUUCAGACAAUGAAUGCUUAACACAAAAACAUGAAAUGGGACAAGAGGGAAGAGAUGUCACUGCUUCCCCUGUGUCCAAUAAUCAGCCUUCUAAGCAAAGAUCUGGAGCUACUUCACGUAACAUUGACACGUUGAAAGAAUUGUGCAACAAAGUUAUGACAUCUAAUAACUUCCACAAACUAACUGCCAUUUGCAAGGAUGCUGGCUCUUCAGCUUUAGAUGUAAAAGAAUGCAAUUAUCAAAUUAAGGAAAUGACUUUGGACAGCUUACCAGAAUCUUUGAUUUCGGUACUCGGUGAAGCAGUAAGGAAGAGAGUAUUUAAUUUACCAAGGAUCAAUUCUAAUAGUGAGAAACAAAAACUUGAGUAUGAAAGUCAUGGACUUGGUAGUUCACCAGCAAAGCUACCCUGUGGAAAGGAUGAACUUUGUGAUGAAGAUUCCUGUGAAGAAAAAAAAAUUGUUGAURCAAAAGUUGGCAUUCUGUUUUCUGGUGGAAUAGACUCUAUUGUUCUUGCAGCAUUAGCAGACAGUUUUGUCCCUAUGACCGAAUCAAUAGAUCUCAUUAAUGUUGCAUUCGAGCAAAAGGUUCCCAAACAAAACCCCACAAACAAAAAGAAACCUAAACCCAACAAAACAGAAGAAGAAGAAGAAGAAGAAAGAGGAUCCAGAUUUGAUGUUCCAGACAGACUGACGGGAAGAAAAGGGGUUCUAGAACUGAACAUGAUUAAUCCUCAGAGGCAGUGGAACUUCAUUGAGGUCAAUGUUAACCUGAAAGAUCUUCAGGAAGCAAGGUUGAAGCAUAUUACCCACUUGGUGUCCCCCCUGACCUCCGUACUAGAUGAUAGUAUAGGCUGUGCACUAUGGUUUGCGGCCAGGGGGAGUGGCGUAUUACGUUGCCCGACGUGUAUUAUGGGAACUACAGGCGGUUCUACAAAGUGCGUUCAUCCGUAUGAAUAUACCGGCGUGGCAAAGGUUCUACUGGUGGGGAUGGGAGCAGACGAGCAGCUUGGAGGAUACGCAAGACACCGAUCAAAAUUCAAUCAACAAGGCUGGCAGGGAUUGGUGGAUGAGAUGGAGAUGGAAGUCAAUCGAAUAUCAGAACGCAAUUUAGGUAGAGAUGACCGCUGUAUAUCAGAUCACGGGCGCGAGGCGCGUUUUCCAUUUCUUGACGAGCAAGUUGUGUCUUUUCUAAGUGGGCUCCCUGUCUGGCUCAAGGCUGACUUAAGAUUACCGAGAGGGACUGGGGAGAAGAUCUUAUUACGUCGAGCAGCAAAGUUACUGGGUCUUACGUCUUCAGCGGUCUUACCCAAAAGAGCCAUUCAGUUUGGUUCACGUAUUGCUAAACUUGAAGGAACGAGUGAGAAGGGAUCUGACACGUGCUCGCGAUUAAAAUUAAAUUAAUUCUUUUUAUAUCUUCUGUAAUAUGAUAUAAUAUAUGAUAUGCCCGAUGGGGGGAGGGGAAGGGAAGAGAUUUAGUCUUUUCACACAUCUUCAUCAAACAAUCCUUACUACUUUCUAAUAUUCUUCACACGAGCUGUUCAACCAUUCAACUCACGCGUCAGAGGUUUUACUGAUUGUUUCCGAGGAACCGGAAGCUUUGUUGAACGAUAAACAGUUUUAUUUUUUACUCGGAAAACUGGUCUUAAAACAAUAAAACUAAACCCAACCUAACAAAAGAGUGGUACUGUAUUAAGUGGACAAUCAAAGCAACCGCGUUGAUUGGUACUUUAUUGCUGGGAAAGUUGUCUAAUAAAACCUUAUUACACUUUCA